CUGGAGAGCCACCGAGAACAUACGAGAACGUAAGGAGACCUCGAACCUCGAACCCCCUAUCGUUGCUUCCUUAACGUUGCCUCGGCCCGAGCAGCCUUAGCUGAAGCCACUCUGACCGAGGCCACCCACAUCGGGGCAAGACCGAGUCGUUUCGGCCCGCCAGCCUGCGCAGUCAUGCCGACGGGGACCAUCAAGAAGUUCUUCGAGGACAAGGGCUUCGGCUUCAUAACGCCUGAUGGUGGUGGCGAGGACGUGUUCGUGCACCGCAAGGUGAACGGUCAAGAUCGCACCGCGUAUCUCGAGGAGGGCGACGCCGUCACGUACGAGGUGGAGUGGGACGACCGCAAGGGCAAGUAUUCGGCAGCAUCCUGCUCCGGUCCCUGGAAGACAGGCGGUGGCGAUGGCGGCGGCGGAGGUGGCGGGUGGGGUGGUGGCGGCGGCAAGGGUGGCGGCAAGGGUGGCGGUGGCGGCUGGGGCGGCGGCGGCGGUGGGUGGUAGACGCAGCGCAGCCGGGUGGCCCUUCCUUUCCCCGACUCUGCUCGCUCGCGAGGGGGCGCUGGCUGCUCCCGAAUUGUCUCACGUCUUGUUGCUUUCUUGUCCUGUGGGUGGGCGCGCCGAGCGCGUUCGGCGUGGCCAGUUUUGAGCGUCGGCACCGAUCGGCACCGCGCUAGGAGAUGGCAGUUGCCACUUGCGAGUCCUGAGGUUUGCCCCGCUGGCGGCAGGCGACCAGCAUUCACGCUGUCGACUUUGGUGCCCAGCGUGCUGCCUCCCCAACGUUGCCUCCGCCUCCAUCCCUGCGUGCGCCGCCGCUCUGUCUCCGCGCCUAGCGCGCGAUGUUGCUGGCCCCCCGCCGGCGUCCCCACGCCCCCGGCGUGGGCUCGAGGGAUCACGGCCUCCUGGCGCGCUCUCGAGGCCUGGGGCAGCAAAAAACACAGCAAUCGCAUACCCGUCGGUCGUUGAUAGUAAGUAUGCCUGGAUAUUCGGAUCCCAAUCUGCCUGAGGCGCCUUCCUACUUCAAUGAUCGAGUGGGUUCACCUUCUCCUUCCUCUUCAGGGGGCGGGCGGAAACCCAAU